AUGAUGCGUCUGUACUCUCUUGCCUCAUCAUCCACUAACCUAUCAUUCAUCACCAUGUCUCACUCGAAGAUGACUGAUAAAGUGAGGCUGUUCUGUCUACGGGCUGUCUUCUGCGAUGAGAUUGCAGAUAACAUGACCAAGAUCCACGAGGAAAGGUUCACCAUCUGGAUUCGCAGCCUCCCGGCGAACGUGACAAUUUCCCUGUUAGGAACUUCUCGACGGAGUCAAUGUGUUUUAUUCUGUCGUCUGCUUAUUCUGUGUACUACAUAUACCGAAAUGAGAGGGUAUGAGAUAAUUACCGAAACGACCUCAGAAACCCUAGGACUGGCAACCCAGCAGAAGCAAGGAAGGCAAGUCUAUCUAUGCGCGUCGAAAGCAACCGAUCAAUGA